AAUCUGUCAAACGCGAAAUGGCACCAUGGGUGUGCCCUAAUCCGAUUUCACUUAAAAACUAAUUAAGCAAACAAUGAUAUCUGCAAUUACCUCGAACUUAUCGUCCAAACUUCGUAAUCAGUUACGCCAUACCAGUGAAAACUCAAAAUGCCGUCGUUGCGUAAACGCGUGUCGAGUUAUUUCCGACAACUGAGCUUCCACAACGAGCCUCGCGACAAACGUCACAACAUCAACGAAAAUUCCUUUGUCACAAAAUACCUCCAGGGUCACGUGACAUUACGCGAAGGCCCCCCGAUUAUCUACGGGAAGAAUCCCACCGAUUUGCCCAAUUAUGAGUUGGGGGAGUACGAGACUGGCUCCUCGUCCGUUAUCGGGUGUUACACGGGCCCCAAAGGGGGCCUCACAACUGUCAAACGUACGGAGAAACACCUGUCAGUCCCCGACACCGAUAUCGAUUUUAUUGAUACACAGGACGAGUGUGUCGCGCCCCCAGUGAAAAAGUCGCCGAAAAGGCCCGUCGAUAACACGACGAUGGUCAUCAAGGUGGCCGGGCAAGAGUAUUGUGUUACCAACCGUACAAAAAAACACAAUAAAAGUCACAGUUUAGGGAGUAUUUCUGAUUUUAAUCUGGAAAUUGAGACGACGCGAAUUGAUAAAGAGUUUUACAAUAACAAUAAUGCUGAUGAAGUUAAGUGUAAAGUUGGCAGUAUUGAUGAUAGUGGGGGGGUUGGUGAUGAUAAGAGUGAUAACAGAGAGAAUUUCGGCUUGGCCAAGUCGAAAUCGGAGGGGAAUCCGUUCCAACACAAAAAACGAGGAAAAAUUAUCAAAGUGGCCCAAAGGGCCGACUCGAGGGGUGGAGACACCCCAGGCGACGCUUCUUCGUACACCACGCCCCCCGAUGACUCCUCCCUCCCCUCCGAAUGGACGAAGAAAUCCGAUCUGGUCUUCGGUAUUUCGGACUCCCUCUAUGAUCGAAAUCAAGUCACCGAUAACAAAAACGGUGAUCCGAUCGCCGAUUGUUUCGGGAUUAUUGCUCGCGAAAAUUCGGCAAUCCUCGCCGUGGCCGACGGAGUCAACUGGGGGGAAAAAGCGAGCAUCGCAGCCAAAUCGGCCGUCCAUGGAAGUCUCCAUUAUCUCAACAAAACCAUUUUUAAUGACACUAAACCGUUCGAGCGACUCACGAUCAAACCCGAAGAGACUUCGGACGCGUCCGCUGCGUGUACUCGUGUCGGAAACACCCGAGAGAUUUUCGUUUGUUUGUUACGAGCGUUCAGUUGUGCCCACGAUCUGAUUUUGGAGAAUAAAGGUAUGUUGACGACCCUGACGGUGGCCGUUGUCGUACCGCUGAAACGUCGUGACGGUACGCAACGUUACGUCUGUUGCGUGUGUAACGUUGGUGAUACGUUGGCGUACGUCUAUUCGCAACGUCACGGAUUGAGGGAAUUGACCAAAGGCUCCCAUGAUAUCAAUUGUAAUCGUGACAUGAGGGACGCGUUGGGGGCUUUAGGCCCAGUCGAUGGGAUUAAUCCCGAGUUGAGUAACUUGACCUUGAGCAUCACAACUUUGAAUAAAGGGGAUUUGGUGAUGGUGGCCAGCGACGGACUCACAGAUAACUUUGAUCCGAAUGUGUGUCGGUUCACUGUGAACAGUCGGUUAGGGGAGGCACCGAAAGUGGGGCGGAGCGAACCGCCAAUCAAACCACCGAGACGGACGGUACCGCCCCGGAGGCCGGCCCAAGUCACCGACAACAAGACCAGCAGUUUGCGCAAACAAAUCUCUAGUCAGAAUAAAGAGGGACAGAAGUUUUCCCGGUCGAAAACAACAAUCGAAGUCCGGCCAGGAGGCGGAGUCAGACAUCACGUGGCUCGAAACGAAGAGGGGAUUCCUUACGUCACGCCCCUGCAACGUUACGAACUCCAAUUACUACUCAUCGAGGACGUGUUACGUCACGGGAUUAGUGGAAGGGAUGAUCCGUGUACGACUGCCAAAAAACUAUGCGAAAGUUUGGUUAGCUUCACAUUUAGCAUAACUUCGGCAAAGAGACAUACAUUAGAAGACCAGGAUUUGUACUUUGAUAAUCAAAAUGGCGUCCUCGUUGAAGUUUCCCAACAAGAGAAGAAAAUACGUAGGAAAAAAGGACUGGAAAAAGUCCAAAAUUUACCAGGAAAAUUGGAUCAUGUGACUGUAGUCGCGUGGAACGUCGGGAAUUUCACUCAAUCGUGCAAUUAAUGUAUUUAUUUUUCCACAAAAAUAAAUAAUUUAUCCAAUA